AUGGCUGAGGCUGCUGGCAUACCUGAAUACUCUCAGCUGGAUGAUGAUUUCAACACGGAUCCUUUAGCAUUUACAGAUGAAGAUGCGGACAGAAUUCUCAUUCCUGAGGACCUGAGUGAGCUGGGUGUGAUCGAGGAAGUGACCAGAUUAGGGGCAAAAAUUAAGGCGGAAUUGGACACCAUCAAAGAGCAGAGCAUCCACAUUCUGACUAAUGAUACUAGCCAGGAGUGGGUCACUAAACUUGAUGGCCUUGUAAAUAAGUAUCGUACUGACUUGAUUAAUUUCAAAAAUAAGAAACUCAAUAAUGUUGAGAAUGAUUAUAGAGAAAGGAGGGUAUAUAGAUGGCUAUAUGGUAAAGAGGAUGGCACAUAUAGACGGCGUAGAAAUCUUAGAUCUAGAAAUACACUAAGUAUUGUAGACAGCAGUGGGGGUGAUUCCUCUGGUACUGAGGUCAGUACUAGCAAUGAUCACACCCCUGCACAAAUCAAUCAAUCUGAACAUUUUUUAGGGGUGAGCACUCGCUCUACUGCGAAACCCCCACCAAUGCCCCAAGACAAAAGAGGGCAAAAAAAUGUAAAACCAGGCGGGGGGGGGGGGGGGCACAAAUCAAAAUCUAAAACAGAUUCGCAAGAAAUAGAUGUUAUAUUCAAUCUUAGUAGUAGACCACUCAGUAAUGCUGAACGGUCUCUGCUUAAUCAUGGAUUGUCGUUUAUUCCUACCCCAAAAUCAGAUAAAUUUGAACAACUUGUUGAUAUUCACAGAUUUCAGCGCCAACUUAAGCUAAAGGAUUAUUUCAGAGAACAGACCCCACAGAGUGAAGGCUUUAAGAAAAAAUCUACAUCCCAGAAAUCCUGGCUUGUAGAAGCUGAGGGUCAAAAAGGUCACCUUAUUUCUAGACUUUGUUCUAUUUUAUUAGGGAGCUAUGAUGGACAGGAGGAUGCAUUGCAGUCUGCUCUCCGCAGAAGGAAGGAGCUGAUGUACAAACUGAGAGAGCAACACCUAAUGGAAGAGCUUACUCGGCCUCACACAUGGGAGGGAACGCGCAAAAAAACCAUACAUCUUGAACCCAUUCACCAGGCACCACCGAUGCACUUCUAUCCCCCGCCACCUCCUCCAGAGCCACCCGUACACUUCUACCGCCCCCCUCCCCCUCCUGAACCUCCCAGGAUCAUCCAACAGCAGAUUCCCCAGCAGCCAACAACCAUAAUUCAGCAGUUACCGUCUCAGCAGCCACUUAUUACACAAAUCCCUCCCCCGCAGACACUGCCACCUAUCCGCUCUGGUAGCAUAAAGGAAGACAUGGUGGAGAUGAUGCUCAUGCAGAAUGCUCAGAUGCAUCAGAUUAUUAUGCAGAAUAUGAUGCUGAAAGCUCUACCCCCUAUGGCCUUGUCUCAACCAGCCAGUGGUGGUCCUUCAGCAUAUGCCCCAAAUCACCAGGAACCUGCAUUUACUAGCCCUGUUGUACGGAUACCUGAGAAGAUGCGUCCAUCCUCAGUACAUCAUCAUCACCAUUACACACCUCCUGGUCUCCCAUCAGCACCGCCUACCAUGCAACCAGCACCUGUUUAUUCCAUGUGGCCACAAAUGAUGCCUCAAAAUCCCACAGCACAUAUGAAUGGAUUCCCACAAACAGUGCAUCACAUGACUGGGCCUACGACAAUGCUACCAUCCAUGCACACGUAA